UAGAGAGGAUUAAAAAGCUUGAGAAACACAGAGACAGAUAAACAAGAACCAGACCAAAAGCCAUGUCUCACAUAGCUGUGGAGAGAAACAGAAGGAAACAGAUGAACGAGCACCUCAAAGUUCUACGCUCUUUAACACCAUGUUUCUACAUCAAAAGGGGAGACCAAGCAUCAAUCAUCGGGGGUGUGAUAGAGUUCAUCAAGGAGCUGCAUCAAGUUUUGCAGUCUUUGGAAUCUAAUAAACGGAGGAGGAAGAGCCUAAGCCCUAGCCCCAAUCCAAGCCCGAGGCAGCCACUGCUACUACUGCCACCGCCGGCGCUGCCCCAACUUGAUCAAAGCCCUAAAUUCAAUUUUGGGUUGAUUGAUCAAAAUCAUGACCGUGCGGUCAAGGAACUAGGAGCGUGCUGCAACUCUCCGGUGGCAGAUGUGGAAGCCAAAAUCUCGGGGUCGAACGUGGUGUUGAAGAUAAUAUCCAGGCGAAUUCCAGGUCAAGUUGUGAAGAUAAUUAGUGUGCUGGAGAGGUCUUCAUUUGAGGUUCUUCAUCUCAACAUCAGUAGCAUGGAAGACACUGUCUUAUACUCUUUCGUGAUCAAGAUAGGACUGGAGUGUCAGCUGAGCGUAGAGGAUCUAGUUCUUGAAGUUCAACAGAGUUUGCGCUCGGACACUGCUUAACUAAGCAGAUCAAGGACAUUAACCAAAACUAGAACAAAAUAACCAGACGAUAUAGAGUUAGUUUGAUCGAGUACGUACUGCUUAAGUUAGUUUGAUGCAUGGUUAAUUUGCUAUAGUAUGCAAAUGAAACGGGAAAACAAUCUUU